GGUCACACUGCAAACGCCGGUUAUUAAAAUUGCAUUGCACGCGCAACAAUUUCCAUUUUGUCCGUUACUGUUUGUUACCGUGGCUAAAUAAAUAAAUAAAAUUAUGACAUCUGCUCGAUUUAUGAAGUGUCUGCAGUAUGCUGCCCAGCAACAUAGAAAUCAACGACGCAAGGAUCCACAAGAGACACCAUACAUCAACCAUCCCAUCAAUGUGAGCACCAUUCUAGCCACCGAAGCGGGAAUCGAUGAUGAGGCUGUGUUGAUGGCCGCAUUGCUGCACGAUGUGGUCGAGGACACAGACGCCACAUUCGCUGACUUAGAGCAACUGUUUGGCGACGAUAUCACUGGCUUGGUGCGCGAGGUGACCGAUGACAAAUCGCUGGAGAAAAUGGAACGCAAGAGAUUGCAAAUUGUGAAUGCACCCAAAGCCAGUCGACGAGCGAAGCUUAUCAAACUGGCCGAUAAGCUGGAUAAUUUGCGAGAUCUCCAGGUGAAUACACCAACGGGGUGGACGGAGGAGCGACGAGAAGCGUAUUUUGUUUGGGCCCAACGUGUUGUGGACGGUUUGCGUGGCACGAAUGCUGCUCUAGAGGAGCAGCUUGAUCAAAUCUUUCGCCAGCGGCAGCUAUUGGACUAAGCUAACUCAUUAAA